CCCAGCGUGCACGGUGCGCGACGCAGCGCGUGGGGCUGCAUGUGAAAUCAAUCGAUACUCGGCGUCCAUCCCAUCCCAGCCCAGCGGCAGGCGAGCGGCGUGCACGCAGCAGGCAGCAGGCAAGGCGGGCAGGCUCAGGGCGAAGUGCCGUCGCUGGUGGAGUUGGGGAGAGAGCGAGUGGCGCAGGGAUGCAGCUCUGAGUUGCACCGCAGCCGCCUCCCACCACCACUACCACCACCAUCACCUUCCUGCUCCUGCUCCUACUCGUGCUGCGUGAGCCCGCGCGUAUUUGACCGGCACACCGGCCGGCCUGCCAGGGACCAAGAGGGGGGCUACAGGAACCAGGGGGAGCUCCGGUGGAGACUCCUCUGGUCCAGAGGAACGACGACGACUUGAAGCGGUGGUGUCAAUCCUGAGAUCGAGAGAGUUUCCCGAGACAGGGAGUCAAAGCUUCACCCGAGCGCCUAGAGACCCUGCGAAGCACGGAGUCACAAACUGCACUUGUCCAACGCAGAAGCAGCGACGGCGUCAGGGGCCAUGCAGGACCCGGACAAGCAGCAGGGCUCGCUGGCGUGGGGCGCGCGUGAGAUCGCCCGCCACGUGAAGAAGCAGGCGACGCGCGGCACGGACCGCGUGCAGGAUGAGCACACGCGGCGCUCCUACUCGCGCUUCGGCGACGAGGACGACGACGACGAGGAGGCCGGUGACGCCGGGGUGGGACGCGGAGCCGCGGGGUCCCCCACGGGCCGCGCCGGGGAGAGCGAGGGCUCGAGCGAGGCCACGGAGGGGCACGACGAGGAGGACGAGGUCUACGAGGGCGAGUACCAGGGGGUCCCCGCCGGGGGGAAAUCGGGCCACGCCACGGCGUGGGAGAACGAUGUGCGGAAGACGGGCUUGGAGGGCGAGGCGGAGCGCGUGAGCGAGCAGGAGGAGCUGGCGCAGCAGUACGAGGUCAUCCUGCAGGAGUGCGGCCACGGCCGCUUCCAAUGGGGCCUCUUCUUUUCGCUGGGCCUGGCGCUCAUGGCGGACGGAGUUGAGAUGUUCGUGGUCGGCUUCGUGCUGCCCAGUGCCGAGCGCGACGUCUGCUACAGUCGCGAGAACAAGGGCUGGCUCGGCGGUUUCGUGUACGUGGGGAUGAUGAUCGGGGCGCUGCUCUGGGGCGGCCUGGCCGACCACAUGGGCCGGAGGCAGAUCCUCCUCGUGUCCCUCUCGUUCAACGGCUUCUUCUCCUGCCUCUCCUCCUUCGUGCAGGGCUAUGGGGCCUUCCUCUUCUGCCGAUUCCUCUGCGGGAUCGGCAUUGGCGGCGCGGCGCCGAUCGUCUUCUCGUACUUUGGCGAGUUCCUGUCACGGGAGAAGCGCGGAGAGCACCUGAGCUGGCUGUGCAUGUUCGGCAUGAUCGGCGGCAUCUACGCAUCCGCGAUGGCCUGGGCCAUCAUCCCGCACUACGGCUGGAGCUUCAGCAUGGGCUCCGCGUACCAGUUCCACAGCUGGCGCGUGUUCGUCAUCGUGUGCGCCCUGCCCGCCGUGUCGGCCGUCGUGGCGCUCACCUUCAUGCCGGAGAGCCCUCGCUUUCUCCUGCAGAUGGGGAAGCACGACGAGGCGUGGAUGGUGCUCAAGCAGGUGCACGACACCAACAUGCGCGCGCGGGGCCACCCCGAAAGAGUCUUCACUGUGACGCAGAUCAAGACCUUGAAGCAGGAGGACGAGCUGGUGGAAAUGACGUCGGACACCGGAGCCUGGUACCGCCGAUGGCCCAUGCGCACGGGCACGCAGCUGCACGCGAUAUGCAAGACCCUGCGGAAGUGCUUUGCCGGUCCCAUCAGGAGGACCUCUUUAAUGCUGGUGGCUGUCUGGUGCACUCUCUCCUUCGGCUAUUACGGGCUGAGUGUAUGGUUCCCGGAGAUAAUCAAGCAGCUGCAGAACGAGGAGUACGCGAAGCUGCUGAAGAUCCACAACAAGCAGAGUGUGGUGGACACCACCUUUAAUUUCUCCAUGGCAAACCAGGUCCACAACAAUGGGGAGUUCGUCAAUGACAGGUUCGUGCACAUGAAGUUCAAGUCUGUAACGUUCAACAACUCAAUAUUCAGAAACUGCUACUUUGACGACGUUACCUCCUUGAGCACUUUCUUCGUGAACUGCACCAUCAUCAACACAACAUUUUACAACACAGACUUCUUCGCGUUCAAGUUUGAGGGCAGCCUGCUUCUCAACACCACAUUCGAGAAGAACAAAGUCGGCUGCCACAUCGGCUACAGCAAUGACUACAGUGCCUUCUGGGUCUACUUCGUCACGUUCCUGGGCACGCUGGCCGUGCUGCCCGGCAACAUUGUGUCGGCGCUGCUCAUGGACCACAUCGGCCGUCUCAACAUGCUGGGUGGUUCAAUGGUGCUUUCCGGCAUCAGCUGCUUCCUGCUGUGGUUCGGGAACAGCGGCGCUACCAUGAUCGGCAUGCUGUGCCUCUAUAACGGCCUCACGAUCUCGGCGUGGAACUCGCUGGACGUGCUCACCGUUGAGCUCUUCCCAACUGACCGCAGGGUCACGGGCUUCGGCUUCCUCAACUGCCUGUGCCGGCUCGCCGCGGUGCUCGGCAACGUCAUCUUCGGUUCCCUGGUGACCAUCACCAAGGUGGUCCCCAUCCUGAUCGCCUCCACCGUCCUGACGUUGGGAGGACUCAUCGCUUUCCGGCUGCCUGACACGCGCAACAUCGUUCUCAUGUGAGCGGAGGGGGGGCUACCAUUUGGUCCCGCUGCCAGGGUCAAGACGCACACAAAGACACACACAGAUACACGCACGCACGCACGCGCGCAACAUGCACGGGCGCAGCAACACGUACUGACACGUCCACCUGUAGCCACAGCUGGCCAUGCUUACGUUGCGGUGGUAAGAAGGUCAGUUUUGUAUGUAUUGUGAUAUCCACAAACCUGAAGUGGAAAGGUAGCUGGCAGGGCCGGGGUGGGGGGGCAGAUUUAUAUCCGAUGGCUUUGCCCCUGCCGCACCCCCUUACUGCAUGGAUGAUGCACUAUGGGUAAUUGCUGGGGGUGCUCGCCAAAUUAAUCAUGCUUUUCCCAAUACAGUAUUAAGGAUAUUGUUUUUAAAAUGGCACUUUGUAAUGUAUUAUUAUUAUGACAUUACCGUACUACCGUAUGUAAUAUAUUAAUCUGUAUACUGUCAUUAUAUUUUUUUAAAUGUUAUAAUAUAUUCUUAUAUAUGCUGUAAUUCUCCAUGUCAUUCAAAGUGUAAUGUAUACACAGUAGUGAUUGACCUAUGGGUUAACUGCCCUUUGCCACAGGAAUGUUGAAAUCCCACCAUGGACUCAGGGCCAUAAUCAGAUUAUUGCUGUGUCCGAGUGGUGGAAUUCUUUAACUUUUAAGUUGGCAUACACAAUAAAAUGUGGUUUAUAUAUCAACCUCAAAAUGAAUAUGCAGCUCUCAAUUAUAUGUAUAUUGAACUUCUUUCGUACCGUACGUAGCCAACCGUGCUAAUCGGAGGAACUACAAAUGCUACAUUGUACUGCAUUCGUAUUUGAGCGUUAUAUAUUUGACUAGGUGCAAUCCCAUGAAGGCUAACCUCUAAUUGUAUACAGUAUACAGUACAGCAUAUGAACCAUGUAGAUGUUAUUCUUGUGUUUACAUUUAUUUACAUCAUGGCAAAUAACGAGUUCCCCCGACAACAAUUAUACUACCAAAGGUGGCAUUCAGCCACGUGCAACUAAAUUCAAUGUCAAUACUGAUGACCCAAACAAAUGAUGCCUAUAAUUGCAUGCAACUGCUACACAUACAUUCACAUUACAACAGUCAUAUAAUUGUACACGACAUAACAAAUGCCGGUCAGCGACACACAAGAACACUGAUAACAUCACAGAUGCUACAGCUGAAAAGACGGUAUGUAUGUAGAACUUCUUUCGCACCGUACGUCAAGGCCAUAGCCAUGGAGUCAACAUUGGGGGGGGACCACAUUUUCCGGGGGGUCACCCCCCAGAAAAACUAUCUAAAUUUGAAAACGAAUUUCCUGCCUAAAACAUAAAAAAAUGCACUAACACAUGGGAUUUACUUUUUAUUUAUUUCUUACAAUAAUGUCUAAUAGGGUAUUGUAUUACAUUGCUCUGUUUUUUUCUUUUUGACCUUUUUCUUGUUUCAUUGUAUGUAAUGGCAGAGAUUAGGGAUUAAUUAAGUACAACCAUGACAACAAUAACAUAAACAGAAAUCUAUUUUAUAGCAAUAUAUUGGAGGGGGGGAGGGCAUUUUGAGCAUAUUUGAAUAUUGGGGGGGGGAUGUGUGUGCCCCCAAUAUAUGUUAUAAUUACGGCCUUGUCGUACGUAGCCAACCGUGCUUAUAGGAGGUGCGAGUGAAGGCCAACACAGUAGUAGUACAUCAUGCCCAACCACAGCAGAUGCAACAUCACACAUACGGGGACCGAAGCGGCCACGCGCAUUGUGCAAUGAGCAACCACACGAAACACGUAAACUGAUGAUGUUACACCACUGGACCGCAUUGCAGUAGCUUCUGGUCUGUGGCCUAGGUUUUAUGUCUUUAACACACCGCAUGUGCCAAAGCUCCAUCAAAUAUCUGUGGCAUUUGCUGUAACUAAAGCCAUGUGAAAGCAAAACAAGAAAAAAAAUAUUUGAACGUGCUUUCUAAAUUGCUGCUAUCUGUAAAACGUUUGUGGCAUUUGUAAAACUUAUAAUUACGUUACCCUGUAAAAUAUACCCGUGUACGAUGUUUGUUACGCCGUUGGAAAAAUUGCAUGCGUUGUGUGAAACAAGUGUUCCGAAGUUCUGAAUCACAGGAUAAAGUGAAGUCGAUGUUGUUUUAAGUGGGUGCCGUGGAAUUUUACUGUAAAUGAGAACACUUUUUUACAAUGUACAUUGUUUAAACUUUGACAGCUGCAGUAUUUAACGGAGGUGAAAGGUCUGGAGUAAUUAAAAUAUUGUCAGUCUAUUGGCUGGUGGUGUAAAACAAAUUAAGUGGCAUUUUCCAUCAGUUUGUGUCACUGAAGCAUUGUGAUGUUUAUAAAAUGAAGGUAUUUUAUUCAACCAGCCACUAUAGCAUAUGGAAAUCAUAUAAAGUUGCAUUAAGAUAAAUUAUAACAGUUGGUGAUGACGAUGAUGAUGAGAAUGAUGAUGAUGUUAUAUUACUUCUGUAAUACAAUGAUGACCGAACCAACUUAGAUACAUUUAGAAAUCGAGUAAAAUUGCAUUUCCAAAUGGCCAAGAGGCUUCCCCAUCGUGAGAAGGCCACAGCCUUGCAUGUUCCUGCACUGCCCCUCAAAACUCAAUGGACCAAACCUGAGUCUCAUAAUCUAUAGUUUGUGUUUUCAUUGUGCGCGACAA